AUGACAGCCUGUCAAUUCAAACCAGCGUCACCGAUGUCUUUCCUUGAUUACUUCGCGGUCUUAUUGACGUGCAUCACUGGAUUGGUUCUGUUUGGUGCGUUUUAUUUCCUAGAAUUGGGCUUGAAUCCUUUUCAACCGGAGCAAAUUAGCCUCGCUUGUACAGGUACGGUAAAGAGAGCUAAUAUUCAUCUUGUAAAGUGAACUGGGAAAAAAUUCAGUUACUUCCCUCUGAUAAUUAAGGGGCCGCUCGACGAAAUUUUGCCCAGUAUAUCGCAUCUUCAGGAUUGCAAUGUUACCGGCCACAAAAAUUUCAAGAAAACUGAUUUAAAUAAAUCAACUUGCGAUUUAUCAUAAUAUGGAUCGCUUUCUCCGCUGAAAAAUGUUCAUCCGAUAUUUUGAUAUCAAAAACAAUGCGAGUUCCGUUUAUUACAGUGGAAAAUGUCUCUAAACGCUAGGAGAUCAGUUUUGGAAUUUAGGCCAAAAGAAUUGAAAUUAUGUCUUGCUAUUGAAUGGAAAUGUGGAGUUAUUUUUCAUGAUGUUACAAUAAAAUUUUAUGGCUGAUUCUACAUGCAGCUGAUAUUGUAUUGUUAUUGCGCGCCUCGUUGUUGUGACGCGAGUCGCGCUCGAACGUUUCGUUAGUGUGACGCGAGUCACGCUCGAACAUUUUUUCUUUUGUUAAUGUUUAGUAAUCGUAAUUCGUAUCACUAAUUUUGGAAUGUAAUCGCACCAGGAAAAUUAAAAAAUUAAGCAGAAGGUAAAUACCUCGAAUUUUUCUCAUAAGAGUUGCACGAUGUAAGUCAACGCUAUUCGUUUUUUCACGUCGAGUAUUUGUGUUUAUUUGGUCCUUGAUUUUUCACUAUUAGUCUUCCCACCACGUGCCAUGUGAUCUAAAACGAUGUUCAAUGACCCAGAUUCAGACUUAAUGUGCUAGCGUGGUACACGGUUUCAACACAGGUGGCCCAAGCUCACGUCUCGAGAAAAAGCAAACGAUUAAUUCAUAAAAGCGUCACGUGUUGUGUAAUUCGUUGAUAAGUUACAAGAGGAACUGUUGAGAAUUUUAACACAUUAUAAGGAAUAGUAUGGGGUACGAAAUAUGGUCGAUUUACAACGAUAAAUAUUUUAAAAUAUGAACAUUCUACAUGUAAAAUCAAUGAAAUUUACUCACAUCUGGUGUGUCCGUCGCAGUUUCCCCUUGGAACUGGUCAAAAUUUCCAAAAGCUAAGGUUCGCACUUGAAAAUUUGUUCUGUAUUAAUAAAAGCUUUUCGCCCGUGAUUUAAAAAGAAACUAUCAAUCCCCAAAAUCCUAGGUUAUUUAUCUUGAACCUUUGCCUUAGUUUACUCACUCCGCAUUACUCGAGGUAAAGAGAAAAUUGACCGCACAGAAAUCGCAGGAAGCUGCCACGAACACAUAAUAUGUGAGUAAGUUCUAUUGAUUUUACGUGUAGAAUGUUCAUAUUUCAAAUAUUUAUCAUUGUUAAUCGACCAUAUUUCGUUCCCCAUACAACUCCAUGUAACGUGUUAAAAUCCUCAACGGUUCCUCCCGUAACUUAACACCGUGUCACACAACGCGUGACGCUUUCAUGAAUUAAUCGUGUGCUUCCCCCCCGACGUGAGCUUGGGUCGCCUGUGGUUUUAACGGCGUUAUUUCGAUUGACGCGACAAUUGACCCUUCCUGUCGUUCAUCCUGCACGCGAUUUCAAGAUUUGUCUAAAACCAGUCCUUUAUAUUUCAUACGUUACUGUACAAAAUGAUGCACAAACUGAAUGAAAAUGAAACGUUCACUGUCUCUGCAUUAUUUUAGGUAUCCAAUACUUUCAUUAAUAUUAACAGCACACAAGACUGAACGGCAACGAUAGAUUGUUUUUAUAUCGCUAUGACCAUUUCGUAAUGUUUUUUUUCAGCUUUGCAUCUAUAACUAUUUUUGUCUUAUGGUUGGAAAACAAAAUUCCUUUCAAAAUUAGCGACAGGUGACAUUUUUCUCAUACCAAUUUUACCCACUGAUAAAUUAAUGGCUCCGCUCCGUUGAUGCUCAGUCGUGACAACAUGUUUACGCUUAUAUUCUUCGUGUGUGCCUUUUAGGAAUUAACUGAUGCUUUCUGAGGAGAGGUCUCGCGAGGUUGCCAAUAUCAUUAUGACACACGACAAUUACGAUAUAUAUUUAUCGAUUUGACAUUCACAGUAUUAUUGGAAUCGAAUGAAUAGAAAUACACCUCUUACAGAGUUUGUUUCCGGACUUAAAAACUUGGAAAAAAAAUUGAUAAGAGGCAUAAUUACUUAAAGGCCCAUUUCCAACCUUGAUGCAACACGGUCGUUUGUUUCUGUUUUGAACCACCGCUUUUGUAUAAAUAGCGCCUCUGAUUGGUCAGUUAUUUUUACCCAAUAAAGGUCAAUUUUUGGUUUCUUGAUCCCAAGACUCUACGAGUCAGAUGUUUCUAUUAAAGGAAGCAUGGCCCAAAAACAAAUAAACAGGCCUUACAUUGCAGGCACCUCUUUUUCUUGUGUAGAGUCGCAAUCCGGCUAUAAAAGUCUUAGGCUAUGAGAAAGAUUCCCCCUGUUAUACUCUUUGAAAGGACGCUUAUAGGGAGUAAUUAAGCUCAGUGCUGACCUGAUUUUAAUUAGCUUAGCAUUCAAUUUAUGUGAGGUGUCGAAGACCAUUCGAAUGAUAAUGACCUAGUUUUCAUCAUUGGAAUUUAUAUUGCGCAGGUGACCUAACUGAAAUGAUGGUCACGUGGGUGACAUUCAGUCCCACAGUAAACCACACCGUUGAGUACAAUGUUCACGGUGAGCCACUCAGAUUUAACGCUGCAGGCACCAUGACGAAAUUCAAAGAUGGCGGAUGGUUGCAUCGAGUGCUGUACAUACACAGGACCAAACUUACAGGACUUAAACCAGAUCAGUCGUAUGGUGGGUAAAUUUAUUCAUCUUACAUUCACGAAAGGAGACUAUUAGCCGGUAGUAACCACCCUUACUGGAAAAUGUUUGGAAGCUUAUUAGUCAUUCUGAUAUUCUUGUAGUUACCAGAUCUUCCAAGCUCCCCCUCCCAUCCCCUCCCCUUCCUCUCCCCUUCCCUCUUCUCCCCUCCCCCCCUCCUCUCCCCUUCCCUCUUCUCCCCUCCCCUCCCUUCCCCCUCUUCUCCACUCCCUCCCUCCCCUCCCUUCCCCCUCUCUUUAGAGUUCGAUCGCCGCGUAUGCUGGAAGGAAGAGAAGACUGAACUUGAACUUGCAUUGAACUUCUAAAUUUGAGCAAAUAUCAGAAUCUGCGCACAUGUUCGUUAAAAUAAGCCUUUCAUUUUCCUCGGCUUUUUUCUUAUACAAUUUUUUAGGUUAUUUUGAAACGUUGAAAAAGAAAAUUCCACGUGUGAUGAUAACAAACGAUUUGAAUACAGUUUUUUUAUCUCCUAAUAUUAGAUGAAUUGCGUUUUGGAAUUUCAUGAUGAUUGUUUGAAUGGAUGCAGGAUAACGAUCGGACGUCAGACAAACCUUCGAAGUACGACGUUAUUGCCUCGGCAUUUCAAGGAAGCCCUGUUUUUGGAGAAUGAGAAAUAUAUACGGCCGGUCAUAGAUUAUUUCUUAAAAUUCGGUUACUGGCCAGUCAUAUGCUGAUAUUGCCCUACCCUUUCAAACAAUUUGUUUGGAGGUUCUGGGAGCUAGCAAGACUCCACAAGACCAUUUUUUUACUCUCUCAAGGUCAUCAUUAACUAUUAGCUGCCGAUACACAAUUUUCUCACAUGGGUUGGAUGAUUAAUUUUAUUCUAGAUUACCGCUGUGGAGGGGACGACCUCUGGAGUGAGGUGUACACCUUCAAGACUCUCAGGAGUGGGGAGGAUUGGAGCCCGCGCAUAGCUUUGUACGGAGAUAUGGGAACAGACGGACAGUCACUUUCAUUGCUUACAUCCGAAGCUUUAAAUGGAAACUUUGAUGUUAUAUUGCAUGUUGGUGAGCAUAUUUUUAUACUUUUUGCGCCAUUGGGUUAUUCGAGUGUAAUUUUAAGCGAGUAAAAAGAGUGAUUUAAUGUAUUUUCACAAAUCAAAACUAAACUUGAUUAGUCAUAAACUUCAUCAUCGUCAUUAUCGUCGUUAUCACUGUCAUGAGCUAAGAAUUAUCCUUAAACUAGAAAAUCUCUCGGAGUAUGUUGUCACAACAAUAAGAUCCGAGAUAAAACCUUAGAUAAUAAUUUUUUGGAAGCGUAGGAGAGAAUGAGAAUGGACGAAAUGUUGAUCACAGACUGUCCCACUAAACGAGAGGGAAAAAAGCAGGAAAAUGAUGCGUAAAUAUUUUGGUUUCUCUUGCACCGACAAUAAAACCUUAUACCUCGUUUAGUUACACAUCCCUCUUGAACAAUUAUACAAGCCAUAUCACGCAAUAGCUUAAUACAGGUAUUUUUUAUCGGGAGGAGUUACUUAGUAUUCGUAUAUUGUUGUUCUUCUUCAACAUAGGUGAUUUUGCUUAUAACAUGGACUCGGUAAGUAUCUAAAUGUGAAUAUUGCAAAAGACGUAGAGUGAAAAUGAUGACUUUCUAAAUAGGGUCUGGGAAAGAUAUGAUCAACCCCAGAGAUUGAUACUUACAGGCUAUAGUAAUGGCUCUGCGACUCAUUGGCUAAUGACAACACAAGAAAAAAGAGAACAGCCGGUGUCUGGCCAAUCAGAUGUCAGGACUGAAACUCAAGACGGCUGAUUGAUUCAGUCACCAAAAUCAGAUCACGUGGUCUUUUAUUCCGGCUCUCUCAUUAGCUAUUCAUCAGACGAUACACGUAUGCACCACCCACAAAAAGAAACGCAAGAACUUCCAAGGCUAAUCAGAAUUAGUAGAACACCAAGUCUGUUUUCACUUUUUGUACUUCUAUCAGUUUCUGGUCUAAGUCUGAUUUUCUGGUUAAUUAUUUGAAUGACAUUGACUUUAUUUCUAGGACAAUGCACGGAUUGGUGACAAAUUCAUGAAUCAAAUUCAACCAAUUGCAGCUCGAAUUCCGUACAUGACGUGUCCCGGGAACCAUGAAACUGCCUAGUAAGUCACGUGGCGUGCGAGCUGCCUCCAGUCCAGCUGGAUAAUGUAUUGAUAUUGUAAGAGAAAGUACGUGUUAACAAUCUCGUUCCUAGAGCGAGAGAGCAAGGUAAAAAGCCCUGAGAAUCAGUUGAAGACAAUGUUUUCAAUUUGUGUUUUUCUUUUCAAUCCUUGACUAUUUUUGACCUUGUUUGAUCGAGAGAAUUUAUAAUCUCUUGGUGUGAUCAAGAAAUUAUAAUCUCUUGGUUCGGUAUGUUCCUACUUUGGCGAUGUUUAAUAAACUCAAAGACUAUAAUUUGACGCAUCUCCUUGAGACAAAGGUUACGUUACAAAAUUAAAACAAGUAACGGAAUUAAAUUGUGAAAGACUGUUACAUGUAUCUGUACUCUCUUUCCUCCUUACUGUGUCCUUUUCUUGCAGCAAUUUUUCAAACUACAAAAACAGGUUUUCCAUGCCGUCUGAUGACAUGUUUUACAGGUACGGUUAAGGUUCGAGUUCAAAUUUUACUCAGCUUGUCUAUAUAUGUGAUUUUUUUCCUUUUUUUUUGUAGCUGGAACAUUGGUCCAGCUCAUAUAAUAAGUAUUUCCACGGAAUUCUACUUCUUUUACCGCGAGUAUGGAUCUGAACAGAUCGCAAAUCAGUACAAGUGGUUAGAGGCUGAUCUUAAGGUGAAAAUUGUUUUUUUAGAGUGUUUUAAAACGUGAAGGAUCUUCGACAUGUUUGUCGUGCGUCACAUAAUAUGACUUGCAUUCUUCCCCUCCACUGGUCUUUGACUGCCAAGAAUCGAUCUGUUUAUAAUCGUUCCCACCAAAUUCAGAAAAAAUGAUAAUAUAAAUAAUCAUGAUGAUAUAAUACUAAAUAUUAAUGAUAAUGAUACCAAUACAUUUUAUCCUAACCAUAAUAUGAUACUAAAUAAUGAUAAUAAUAAUGAUGAUGAUGGUAAUAAUAAUAAUUAAUAGAUAAGCAUCCAGGAAACUACCACAUUCUAAUUCGACACUGAAACCCCGUCUUCUUAUGAGAACGGAGACAGACACAUGUUUUAAAACCUUAAGUUUAAAUUUGUAAUUGACUUAACAGGAAGCAACAAAGAAAAGUAAUCGAGCCAAACGUCCGUGGAUUAUUACGAUGGGUCACAGGCCAAUGUAUUGUUCAAAUGCUGAUGGUGAUGACUGCACUCAGAACGAAAGCAAGGUAAGUUUUUUUUAUUUCAGAGAGCUGAUGUAAAACCGGAAAGAGUACUCUUAGAUGUUAGCAAGUACUCUUAUCUCGCUUAACUUGGAGUUUUUGUUUAAUUUGUUUAUAUGCUUCCUGUAAUUUUCGCAAUGUAGCGUGAAUUUGCAUUAUUUUUCACCCUGAAUUCCUGAACCAGACUUUGUUAGUAGUGUAAAUUUCUACUCUCGGUGUUAUCAAUUUAGCAGCAUUUAUAGUUUGGUGUAGCUACACAACAUUCAUUGCGUUCAGUUGUUGCAAGUUUUUGCCACCUUGCACAAAAGGAUCACUUUCGGAGCUCAUAUGGAAGAAAUUCGAGCAACCUCUCGCCUUCCAUAUAUCCAACUUUACAUACCAUACAUCAACUGUUAGGAGUUGCAGUCUUCGGUAGCUGAAAAAGUUUGAUUGCAACGCUGGCAGAAACACAAAUUUAAAAAAAAUAUGUAAUAAAAUUUGUUUAAACGGUAAUUCAUAUUUUUCUAUCAACACUGAAUAACUAUUAAUAUUAUGUAUUUUUUCCAAGGUUCGUACUGGUCUAAAUUCAAAAUAUGGACUGGAGGAUCUUUUCUAUAAGUACGGUGGGUAAAUUUUAUUUUCCCACCAAUAGAAAAAGACGAUUGAUUCGUUCUCGUUAUGUGGAAACAUAAAAAAUGUUAUUAUCUCGUUAAACUUCAGGUGUUGAUCUAAUGGUGUGGGCUCAUGAACAUUCUUACGAAAGACUUUAUCCUGUUUACAAUCGAAAGGUAAGCUUCCAUUUUGCCGUUUGUUUGUUUGUUUGUAUAGUUCAAGAUCACAAAUGACGUAAAUUGCGGUUCGAGGAAAAGUGGCAAACAAGUCACUGGCGAGAGAGUCACCGAUUUUUUUUCACGUUAUUUAAGCAUCUUCUGUGUUCCAAAACUCAACAGACACAUAACAAAGUUAUUCUUGGGUAAUUUUUAUUGUACCACCGCUGUACAUCCACCCUGAGCGAAAAUAAAAAGAGGGUAAUUUAGUUUUAUCAAAUGAGUUGAUAACGUAAAUUGCCCACCGUAAAGAGUUUAAAAGCUGGUGUUUCGAGCGUUAGCCCUUCGUCCAUCGCUUUGACGAAAGCGCUGACGCUCGAAACGUCAGCUUUUAAACUGUUCACAGUGGCCAAUCUGAGUUAUCAACUUAGCUGAUAUUACCAAAUUAUCUUGUUAGACUCUCCCACCGACGCAGCAACACAGUUUCUUUAGAAACUUACCCUCGAAAAUAGAAUGAUAAAAUGGCCAACCUCUUAGUAUUGUUUUAUUUUCUGCUAUCCAUCUCUCGUUCUUAAUCGAUAAAUAUUUUUUCGUUGUAGCUUUGUCGGAGUCCUUUGGAAAAUGCGUACAUCAACCCAUGCGCCCCCGUUCACAUUAUCACAGGAUCAGCGGUAUGGCACUUGCAAGAAUUCAUGCUAAAUUUGCAUUUUAGCACAAAAUGAAAAAUGAAAGUGCGUUUUAAUUGUUCUCCUCUUUAUCAAAUUCUAUAUCUGAUAAAAGUAAGUAUUCUAACAGAUGAAAACAGUGUUCUCGUUCCCUGAGCAACAAUAUUAUUUCCACGCUCCCAAAUCUUUAGGCGCUCUGUUUUAUUUAAAGACCCAGUGUUGAGAGACGCAGAUAGUUCAUAUAACGAGAAUUGCCAUUAUGAUUAUUGAGUAUAGGCCUCAUCUCAUCCUCACGGGCUUGCGUUUCGUUGGCGAAGGGCGGGAAACUAGGACCGUGGUGCAUGGUGGUAACACCAAACGCACUGACUUGAUGACCGCCUCAACCAAUGAGGGAAAAGGGUCUUUGAGGGAAAGUUAAUGAGAUUGCGUGUCUGAAGAUGAGCUCUAUCUUUGAAUACGAAAAGACUAUUUUACAGAAAAUACUAUGCAUUGUCAAAUCACCCUAAAAAUCGGGAGUGAAGCCAAACAUAUGGCAAGAAGUAACUAACAGUCUCGAUGAACAUACAAUCUAAAUUCAAAUAAAUUUACAAACGAGUUACAUCCGCAGGGAUGCAAAGAACACCACGAUGCUUUUAAGCCAAAGUAUGGUCCAUGGACAGCAUAUCGGGCCUUGGAUUACGGCUACACAAGAAUGAAAAUUCACAACAAAACGCAUCUGUAUAUGGAGCAAGUCAGUGUUGAUAAGGUGAGC